GCCUCCUCCUCCCUCUUCUCACUCCUCGACGACAUUUCAUUUUGCUUCUUCAGCUCCAACGUCGCCGGCAGUUUCAGCUCCGUCGUCGCCGGUGUUCUCUCCUUCGUCUUCGCCAGUCUCAGGUCUUUCUCUUUUGUCCUUCUUCGCCGUCAGUCUCAGGUCUUUCUCUUUUGAUUUUCUCUCCUUCGUCGCCGGCCAUCUUUUCGGCUCUGGACUGUCUCUUCGCCACCGGUCUGCAUCUAUUCUCUCGUAUUUUCGGUGACUCACCGGAUUGCCCGAGCUCGUCCACACCCAAAGCUCCCUUUUCGUCAGCCGAAUCGAGAAGGUUCCAUAGCUGCGGUUUGCAGUUUCUGGAUUCCGAUUAUUGCUGACAAAUCAUGGUUAACGCCAUUAAAGGGGUUUUCAUUUCCUGCGAUAUUCCGAUGGCUCAGUUCAUCAUCAACCUGAACAACUCGAUGCCCGCUUCUCAGAAAUUCAUUAUACAUAUACUCGACAGUACCCACAUGUUCGUUCAGCCUCACGUCGAGCAUAUGAUCAGAAGCGCCAUUGCCGAGUUCAGGGACCAGAACUCUUACGAGAAGCCAACUUAGAUAUAAACUUCUGCCAUUUCAGGAUCCACAUGGAAGAAAACUCAUGGAAAAUCUAUAGGAUAUGUUGUCAAAAUCGGGUCUGAUGCUCAUGAUAUUCAACCCGUGUCGGUUUACUUCUGUUUUCUCUGGUUAUGACCGAAUUGGUUGGGGGUAGAGUUGUAGUGAUUCAGACCUCCUCAAAUUCUGUCUGUUGUAUUUGUCUGCUUCUUGAAAGUUGACAGAUAUGGUACUGUAC